AUGCCUCCUGCUCGCCAACGUGUCCGGCAUUCUGCAAGGCUACAAGCCAACUCUCGAGCUCGCCUAAAGGCGAUGGAGGUGCCCCCACGACUGCCCGCAUCCAGUAGACGAGGAAAAGGUCGAGCGCAGGGGUCCAAUCCGAAGAUAAUUGUUCACUGGACCCGACCCUCAGACCUUCAUCAUACGGAUACCCUGGUACAACACAUCACCACUCACUCUGCGGAUGCCCGCAUUCUGUUCUACAAGGGAAAGAAAUCCUCUGCUACCAACAACAACAACUCGGAGGAGCGCGCUUGUGGGAAAGAUAAAGGAGAGAUCUACCAAGCAUUAGCCAAGCUCAUCUUCGAGAAGGACACUGAGUAUUUGGUGUUGUAUGCUGAGGAGCCAAAAAAAUCUGAUCUGGCCGUUUGCCAUCGUGUAACCACUCUCAAAAGAUCAUUCAAGGAGCAGCUCGAUAAAUUCCAUCAGACCGGCGCUGGUGUCACUCCCCUUGAUGAAAAUGGGGCUGCUAAUCUACACAAACAAGUAUUACUCUAUUUUCCAUGGUAUGAUUUACUGCACCCCUUUUUAUUCUCUAAUCCAACAUGCAGCGCGAAAAUAUUCACCUCCCAACUGGGAGUUGAUCAUGCAGCGACCUUCUACGUGCUCGUACAUCCACGUGGGGGGGGGGCUAGUCCCUCGGCUCGCCAACACACCUCUAGCCCUCAGCCCCCUCCUUUGCAGCAGCCUCUCCCUCCUCCUUUGCAGCAGUCUCUCCCUCCUCCUUUGCAGCAGUCUCUCCCUCCUUUGCAGCACCCUCUCCCUCCUUUGCAGCACUCUCUCCCUCCUUCUUCAUGGCACUCUCUCCCUCCUUUGUGGCACCCUGGUGCUGGGGGCAACCUGAUCGACGAUCCCGAUGGGGACAUGGAUGAUGAUUUUUACGCCGAUGAUGAUGACGGUGUUUUCCAUGCCCCUCUCGGCAAUGCAUUGGAUGCAUUGGACGGGGACUUUGAGAUGCAUGAUGACGACGACAUCAGCCAGGAGUUCAACUCCUCCCGGUGUCAUUUCAUCAGCCUCAAUAGUCCCCCGAAGGUCAUAGGCCACAAACGGCAAUAUGCGGCUUCUCCAUCUCCCCCUCGUGCGAAUGCAAACUCUUUCUCUCUCCCACGGAAGGCACAAACACCUGCAUACCACAGUUGUGUGGCCUUCGGUUCUGCCUCGCCUGGCAGCCUAGCACCGCAGUUGUCCAGAAUAAUGUGCAGCUGCUCCUUUCCCUCAGCCACAGGAUCCUCAUCGCCCUACAUCUCGUCCGACUAUCGUGUUUCGCCAACGGCGUCCCUUUCCACGAAGCCGCAGAGCGCUGUGAGCUCGAAGAAGAAGAAGAAGACUUCAGUGGCGGACAUGGAGGGCCACAUUGGCAUGCUCAACGGCGAGAUCCAGAGCAUGCGGAGUGACCUCUCUGAGCGCCGGGGAUCGAAGAAUGAGCGCUAUGCCAUGAAGAUGAAUUACCAAUCCCAGAAGCGGGAAUACCAGUGGUGCCGCGAGUCCCAUUCGCAAGACGUCCUCCUCGCAGCCACCACACACCAGCGCGAGCAGGAGGCCAAGGACAAGGAGAUUCUCCGCCUUCAGGCGGUAACGGCCUUGCAGGAGAAGGAGGCUGAGACCUGGCGCCUCAAGAUACAGUAUGAGAGUAUGAAGAUCUGUGCUGCAGGUGGAGAUGUUUCUGGUCCAUCAUCAUCAUCCUAA